GCUCCCAGGGAGAAGCAGCGCUCAGGCCGUCCGGCUCAUUUCCACACUGCUGCGCGUCACUGAGGGAAAGUGAGAGAGAAACGAGCGUCUUCACCACAAAGGAAUUAACUUUCACAGUUUUUGUUUGUUUUUUUGUUUGUUUUUUCCUCCAGAAAAUAAAAGGAAGUAACGACUGACUGGUCGAGGUGGUGAUGGAGAGAGAGAGUUGAAGAGCUGCUGAAGCCUUUUCUGUUCUUGAACCAAACGGUGUUUGAUUUUUUUAGGGGUUUUUUUUUGUUGUUGUUUACUCUUCUCCCUCUCAGCACUUUUUACUUCCACAACGGGGGAGUCGAGAGGUGACUGGAGGAAUUUAAGCAGCAGUAGAGACGGUUUCCCUCUGAGCUGCUGCUCCGAGAGUAGUUUUAUAUUCUGUGUUGGAUCAGUGGAUUGAUUUGCUGAGGCAGAAUGGAAGCGUCGUUUUUAUCAGACACAGACAAUCAGACGUUCGUGGAUGAGCAUUUUUACUUCGACGACACUAUCAACGGGUUCAGCGUCGCCAUGGCCGCGCUCUACCUGGUGGUUUGCAUCCUGGGACUGGCCGGGAACUCCCUGGUCAUCGUCGCCAUCUUGAAAUUAGACAAAAUGUCGUCUUCCACGACGGUGUACGUUUUCAACCUGGCCCUGGCCGACGGACUCUUCAUGGUCGGACUGCCGUUCAUAGCGAGCCAGAACUUCCAGAACCACUGGAUGUUUGGCGACACGGCGUGCAAAGUGGUCAUGGUGCUGGACGGCAUCAACCAGUUCACCAGCGUCUUCUGCCUGACGGUGAUGAGCGUCGACCGUUACAUGGCGCUGGCCGACCCACUUCGGUUCGCACGUUGGAGAACGCCGCGCUGCGCCAAGAUCGUGUCGGCGUUCCUGUGGCUGUUCUCGCUCCUCACCAUUCUCCCCAUGGCGCUUCACUUCUCAGCCGAUCACGGCCUGUGUAUACCGGAGGUCGUGUCGGACGCCUGGUGGCUCGGCGUCCUCUCCUACACCUUCGUCAUGGGCUUUGCUCUGCCGUUCACGAUAAUGACGGCAUCCUACGCGGCGCUGCUGCUCACCCUGCGGUCCCAGCGUCUCCGAACCCCGACGCAGAACCAGGAGAGUCACCGGCUGGAGCGGCAGGUUACCAAAAUGGUGGUGGUGGUGGUGGUCGUGUUCGGCGUGUGCUGGCUGCCGUUUUACGCCUUCAACUUCAGCUCCUUGUAUCAAAACGGUUUGGUCCUGACCUUCGCCCGAGGUUUCGAGUUCGUGGUCCUGCUGUCGUACUCGUGGAGCUGCGCCAACCCCAUCCUCUACGCCUGCCUCUCCGACACCUUCAGAAGGCACUUCCGCUCCCUCCUCUGCCCCGCUGACAAGUCAACUCCCAGCAUGCAGUGCAACACCGAACGGUGCGACUCAAGUGACACGGGUGUGCGGGACGUCACCAUCGUGGCGUAGAGGGAGGACUGAAAAACUGACGCAGCAUUUAUUUACAUUUCCUGUCACGAUGCAUCUCUCCGAUACUUUCAACUCAUCUACUCAUUUGAUUAAUCCUAAUCUGUGUUUUUAUUUUCUCCACUUAACUCGUAAACUGCUCAAGAUGUAUUAUUUCUUUUUAUUAUUUUAUGAAGUUGUACAUAUUUUCGUUGAGUUUGUUUUGUCCGAGGUGAGUGUGUUCGCUUUCUUCCUGACUGACAGGUGAUUACUGAGGUGUCCACAGAGAUCCCCACGAGUUUCUGUAUAGAACGAGAAAAGGCCCAGGAAGGAAAAAUGUUUAUGUGACCGUGUCUCGAUAUUGUACAGGCUUCACUUCCUGCUCCGUCCGCAGGUUUUAAACCAGAACUACCUUUCGACUGAACACGAGACGAUAAACACUCACAGACAAGCUCCUUAAAUGUGUGUGUGUGUCGUGUGUGUGUGUGUGUGUGUGUGUUUGUGCCUGUACACAUGCUGCUGUUCAGGAGGCCUCAGGCUCACUGCGGCGUUCUGCUUCAUGUUGACUUAUUUAAGAGCAUUUUCCAAAUCACACUUUAAGGAAAAAAGAAAAGCGGCGCACUUGGUCUUGUGUCACAGAGUCUGUAAUUGCUGUGGAUACUGGCACUUAAGCUCAGGUGCAGUUAAUAUUUUCAGGAUGUCAGCAGGUGAGACAUUUUAAAAGCAGUCUCGGGCUUCGGUUGAUGAAAACAUAACAUGACAUUCACCUGAAUAAUAAGAAAUUACUUUUGCAUAAUAGCAGCUCAACUUUCGGUUAUUUCAGUAAUGUGGAUUUGGGCGUAAGACCCUCUUCAGUGGAGGUGACGUGCAUCCUGGGUAAAAAUGAUUUAAAACACAUUGGGAACAGAUGGAUCUAAUCGCAGCAUUUGACCGAUCACAUGUGAAAAGUAGACGGAUGCAGGCAAGUCAUUAACAAACACCUUGUCAAACAUGGAUCAUUUAUCAGUGAUGUAGAUACGUAGAAAAGAGAAAGCGAUGUGUGUGACAAUCUGUGUUUUGUGGAGGGAAAGAUAAACCUGAUGUUUGAAAAGUGAACGAUGUUACUGAGGCACAUCACUUCAUAUUGAUCAUCACUGUAUCUGCCAAACUCUAAAUCCUCUCACUGCAUUUCUUACAACGUUAUCCUUCUGUAUUUUGUAAAUAAAGAUGUUUCCUUGUGUUU